AUGGAGGAGAAUAAUCCGGAGUUGCAGGCAAAGCUGCAGGAAUUAGAACAUGAGCUGGAGGAAGGGGAUAUUACGGAGAAGGGGGCUGCAAGCGGGAGUUACCUAUCGCAAAACUACGGCGCAUCUCAAAUUCCUGGUCGAACCGCUACAAUGGCUAGUGAUACAGAAAGUUUCGGAGCCAACAGAGCACAAGACGGGCGAACAUUUUCAUAUGCCGGCAGACCUCAGGAUUUAAGGCUGGCGGUACAUAAUCCCACCACCCAGCGUCAUAGCUCUUAUAGUCAGGCUUCAUCAUAUCAACCUGGCUCCCCAGGAACCGGAGACUAUCAGCAAGAUCGUCCAAAUGAGCCAAGUAUGAGACUGGGGUCGAUGGCUUCUAGCACAAAUUAUGCUUUCAAUCCGGCACAUCAAAGUGGCUAUAUGGAACAUCAGGGGGACGUCUACGAUCAGAACCAUGCAGAAAUGAUGAUGGACUCCCACGGUACCAUGCUUGGGGAGUCGCAGCAAGGAUAUUUUUCAGACUUUGCCGGACAACAAGGGUAUGAGAAUAAUGGACCAAAUUCAUACGGUGGUGGGCCACAUCGAUAUUCUUCCAGUGACGCAUUCUCUCCAACAGCGGCAAUGGCGCCGCCAAUGCUGACCACCAGCGACUUACCUCCUCCCGCCGCCCUGGAGUACCAAAUGCCCCUGGAGCCUCGAGAUGUCCCAUUCGCCGUCUACGAUCCACAUGAUAAAAAUACCCCCAUGUCUAAAUUUGAUAAUAUUGCGGCUGUUUUGAGACACCGGGGUAGUGCAAGAGCGAAGAUGCCAGCAUACUGGGUAUUAGACAAUAAAGGAAAGGAAAUUGCUUCUAUUACUUGGGAGAAACUUACUAGUCGAGCUGAAAAGGUUGCGCAAGUAAUUAGAGAUAAAAGUUCUCUCUAUAGAGGUGAUCGAGUGGCGUUGAUAUAUCGCGAAUCCGAAGUCAUCGAAUUUGCCAUCGCUUUACUUGGAUGUUUCAUUGCUGGAGUGGUGGCAGUUCCUAUUAAUGAUCUCGACGAUUAUGCAAAACUUAAUACGAUUUUGACCUCUACACAAGCACAUCUUGCACUUACCACCGACAACAAUUUGAAAACAUUCCAGCGAGAUAUCACAAGCCAGAAGCUAAAUUGGCCAAGAGGAGUAGAAUGGUGGAAGACAAAUGAGUUUGGUAGUUGGCAUCCAAAGAAAAAGGAUGAUGUACCACCUUUGACUGUACCAGAUUUAGCUUAUAUUGAAUUUUCACGAGCUCCUACAGGCGAUCUCCGUGGUGUAGUAAUGAGUCACCGAACAAUCAUGCAUCAAAUGGCAUGUCUCAGUGCUAUCAUAUCUACAGUACCGUCUGGUGGACGUGGUGAUACUUUCAAUCCCGAGCUAAGAGAUAAAAGCGGAAGAUUGAUGACUGGCGGUAGCAGUCGUGGCGAGAUCUUGCUCUCUUAUUUAGACCCACGGCAAGGAAUUGGUAUGAUACUGGGAGUCCUAUUGACAGUAUAUGGUGGGCACACAACUGUCUGGCUUGAAAGUAAGGCUGUUGAAACACCUGGUCUCUAUGCUCACCUUAUCACAAAGUACAGAGCCACCCUCAUGGUGGCAGAUUACCCGGGCUUGAAAAGGGCAGCUUAUAACUACCAGCAAGAUCCAAUGACUACGCGAAAUUUCAAAAAGGGAAUGGAGCCAAACUUUCAAAAUGUUAGAUUGUGCCUGAUAGAUACACUGACAGUCGAUAGCGAGUUCCACGAGGUUCUAGCAGAUCGAUGGUUACGGCCCAUGCGAAAUCCUCGUGCGCGGGAAUUGGUUGCCCCUAUGUUAUGUUUACCAGAACAUGGUGGUAUGGUGAUUAGUAUGCGAGAUUGGUUGGGUGGUGAGGAACGUAUGGGAUGUCCCUUGAAACUGGACAUUGGAUCAGAUGGCAAUUCUAUCGAGGAGAAGUCCGAAGAAAAGGAGAAGUCGUCUGGUAAUGGGUUUGGAAGUCUCAUAGGAGGCGGAACAGUAGCUCCAGCUGAACAGAAAGGAAGAACAGAACUAAGUGAAGUUCUCCUGGAUCGAGAAGCGCUCAAAACUAAUGAAGUUGUUGUGGUCGCUAUCGGCGAGGAAGCGCGUAAGAAAGCCAGUAGCGAACCAGGAACGGUGCGUUGUGGUGCUUUUGGUUUUCCAAUACCUGACGCUACUUUAGCGGUAGUGGAUCCAGAAACUGGUCUUCUAGCGUCCCCACAUUCUGUAGGUGAAAUCUGGGUAGACUCCCCAUCUCUAUCAGGGGGUUUCUGGGCCUUGCCGAAACAUACAGAGCAAAUUUUCCAUGCUCGACCAUAUAAAUUUGAGCAAGGAGACCCGACUCCAAUGAUGGUGGAGCCAGAGUUCCUUCGUACAGGUCUUCUCGGAACAGUGAUCGAGGGCAAGAUUUUCGUCCUUGGCCUAUAUGAAGAUCGUCUCCGCCAAAAGGUUGAAUGGGUUGAGCAUGGCCACGAAGUCGCAGAACAUCGAUACUUCUUUGUACAACACAUAAUAGUGAGUAUCAUGAAGAACGUACCCAAGAUUUACGACUGCUCCGCAUUUGAUGUCUUUGUCAAUGAUGAGCAUCUCCCGAUCGUUCUGUUGGAAUCACCUUCCGCAUCAACAGCACCUGCUGCCUCUGGUGGACCUCCACGCCAACUGGAUACUGCGCUUCUAGAUUCCCUGUCAGAGCGAUGUAUGGAAGUAUUGAUGCAAGAACAUCAUCUAAGGGUCUAUUGUGUGAUGAUUACAGCACCAAAUACUCUCCCGAAAGUCCUAAAAUGUGGCCGAAGAGAGAUUGGUAAUAUGCUUUGCCGUCGCGAGUUUGAUCUUGGAAAUCUUCCUUGUGUUCAUGUAAAAUUCGGUGUCGAACGAGCUGUCCUUAACUUGCCUAUUGGUGUGGAUCCUAUCGGUGGCAUAUGGUCACCGCUUGCCGCUCAAGCUCGUGAAGAUAUAUUAUCCCCUGGCGACAAGCAAUACUCCGGAAUCGAUCGUCGCGAAGUAGUAAUUGAUGAUCGAACUUCCACACCUCUAAAUAACUUCCUAAGCAUAGUUGACUUAUUACAAUGGCGCGUGGCACGACAGGCUGACGAACUAUCCUACUGCACUAUAGACGGCCGAGGUAAAGAAGGAAAGGGAAUCACCUGGAAGAAAUUCGACACGAAGGUUGCUGCUGUGGCUAUGUAUCUCAAGAAUAAGGUCAAGAUAAGGCAUGGCGACCAUCUGAUUCUCAUGUAUACGCAUUCCGAAGAUUUUGUAUAUGCAACGCACGCAUGUUUUUGCUUAGGAGCAACAGCUAUACCCAUGGCUCCUCUUGAUCAAAAUCGCCUGAACGAAGAUUCACCCGCAUUCCUACAUAUGGUUUCCGAUUACCAUGUGAAGGCUGUUUUGGUUAAUCAGGACGUCGACAACCUAAUGAAACAAAAAACAGUCUCACAACACCUUAAACAAUCGGCACAGAUUCUGAAGGUACAGGUGCCGAGCAUAUAUAAUACUUCGAAGCCACCUAAGCAAAACAACGGUUGCAGAGAUCUUGGCCUUACGAUGCUACCAAACUGGGUUCAGCCAGGAUACCCUGCUCUUGUUUGGACAUAUUGGACCCCUGAUCAACGUAGGAUCGCUGUGCAACUAGGCCAUGAUACCAUCAUGGGUAUGUGCAAGGUGCAGAAAGAGACUUGUCAAAUGACAAGCUCGAGGCCUGUUCUAGGUUGCGUGAGAAGUACCACUGGUCUAGGUUUCAUCCACAGUGUUCUUAUGGGUAUAUUCGUUGGGGCCCCAACUUACCUGGUUUCUCCCGUUGAAUUCGCACAAAAUCCAGUAUCACUUUUCUUAACUUUAUCGAGGUACAAGAUUAAGGAUACCUAUGCCACACCUCAAAUGCUUGAUCAUGCAAUGGCCGUCAUGCCAGGCAAAGGUUUCACUCUUCACGAGUUGAAAAACCUGAUGAUUUCAGCCGAAGGAAGACCUAGAGUUGAUGUUUUCCAAAAAGUACGUCUUCAUUUUGCUGCGACUGGUCUUGAUCGUACUGCUAUAAAUACGGUAUAUUCGCACGUUUUGAACCCAAUGAUCGCAUCUCGCUCAUAUAUGUGUAUUGAACCAAUUGAGCUGUGGCUAGAUACUCAAGCUUUACGUCGGGGUAUGGUAUAUCCUGUCGAUCCAGAAUCAAACCCGAAAGCACUCAUGGUUCAAGAUUCUGGCAUGGUUCCUGUGUCAACUCAAAUAGCUAUCGUUAAUCCAGAAAGCCGUUGUCUUUGCCACGAAGGUGAAUAUGGUGAAAUUUGGGUCGAGUCAGAGGCAUGCGUCAGAGCAUUCUAUGGAUCGAAAGAUGCUUUCGAUUUCGAAAGAUUUGAUGGGCGUACUGUUGAUGGUGAUCCAAAUGUACAAUACGUCCGGACAGGAGACUUAGGUUUUCUACAUACCGUCAGCCGACCUAUAGGGCCAGGUGGUGCGCUAGUCGAGAUGCAAGUACUGUUUGUUCUAGGAAGUGUUGGGGAGACAUUCGAAAUAAACGGCCUUAGUCAUUUCCCGAUGGAUAUUGAAAGUUCAAUAGAGAAAUGUCAUCGUAACAUUGUCCCUGGAGGAUCUGCCGUAUUUCAAGCCGGCGGACUUAUCGUUGUAUUGGUGGAAGUAGGAAGGAAAUCAUACCUUGCUUCCAUUGUACCAGUUAUAGUGAACGCCAUUCUAAACGAACAUCAAAUCGUCGUUGACAUCGUUGCUUUUGUUAAUAAGGGUGAUUUUCCCAGAUCCCGACUUGGGGAAAAGCAACGGGGCAAAAUUCUAGCUACUUGGGUCACACGCAAAAUGCGUACAAUGGCACAAUUUGGUAUCCGAGACGCCGAAGGGGGUCUCUCGGACGUCACAGAGACCAUGGAGCCACGCAGUGGCAUCCCUAGUGUUCGUAAUGGUAGCGUCAUCGCGAGCAGCCUCCGCAAUGUUGAGCCUGCUCCUCAAAUAGUUGAGGAACAGGAACGCGAGCGUCAGCGUGCGGUGUCACAACAUAGUUUCACACCCAUCCCGGCUGGCAUAUCUGAAAUGCCAGCAGAUAAUUAUGAUGCACCUUCAAUGCGAUCAUUGAAUGAAGCAAAUUUCAGCAUGAGACACAAUGAUGACACACCUACAAAUUCACAACAUGAUCAUUUCGAACCAGGCAGCAAUUUCUAUGGUGGACAAAUCAAUUUCGAUAAUCCAUAUUCUGAUUUUGUAGUCCCAGGAUUUGGUCCAAAUCCAGGUGAAACCCCGACGACGGGGCCGACACCCGGAAUGGACAUGGAUAUGGGUCCUCGGCAUGGCAACGUCGAUGCAGGUGAUCAGUGGAGUUUAUCGGGAAACUCUGAUGCACUAUAA